AUGUCCCGUGUCACUCACCCAGCUGACAUCAAACCGACCUUCUUGUCAGCCAAGCAAGAACCGUACCCCACGUCAUCACCUCCUUCUUCCCCCAUGCCACAAACUCCCUCCGGGCCGUCAUCGAACGACCGAGUUGAUCGAAAACCUAGGAUCGUCUAUCAAAACGUGUCCGACGACGAGACAGAGAAGAAACCACAGAUCACUCCCACCAAACGAAAAGCCGAGACGCCGGACACUCCAAGGAAGAAGUUGGCACAUAGGGGUGGGGCGAGAGUUGGAGCGUGGACAGCUGAUGAAGAUUGGGAACUGUUCAAGAUGAUGCAUCCCAGAGUUCAUAAGCCGGAUUGGAGAGCUGUGGGUGAGGCAGUGGGAAGGGAUGCCAAAUCGUGUAAGAAUCGAUAUACCAUUUUUGGACGGAAACUCGAGUAUAUGGUCAAGGGAGCUGGCGGGAUCUGA